AUGGAGCCCAAAACCAUUGAGAUCGCGGCCUUAGGGAGACCCCUAUAUCCUGGCAUGUUGUACGACUGCCGCAGUGAUUCCUUCAUUACAGGUCUUACUUUAUGGGACAAAGAGUCAUUAAAUAAGGAUUUAGAUGUGCACCGGCAACCAAAGACAGAUCUAAAAUUCUGCUUUUCUGACUUCCUCCGUGAUAAAACCAGCCUGCUAGAUGUGAGUGCCUCUCUUAAAGCCAGCUUCCUGUGUGGGUUGGUGGAAGUUGGAGGGUCAGCCAAGUACCUGAAUGAUAAAAAAUCCUCAGCACGUCAGUCUCGCGUUACUAUGCAGUACAGCCAGACAACAACAUUUGAACAACUUACAAUGUCCCAACUAGGCAAAAUUGUCUACCCACAGGUGUUUGAGGAAAAGUCAGCCACUCAUGUCGUUACAGCUGUAUUGUAUGGAGCUCAGGCUUUUCUGGUGUUUGAUCAAACAGCCACAAAGAAUGAGGCCACACAAGCAAUUGAAGGGAACCUAAGUGUAAUGGUCAAGAAAAUUCCAAAAUUUUCCAUUGAAGGAGAAGGAAAUCUGAAGAUGAAUGAGGAAGAAAAGAAACUGGCUGAAGAAAUCAGCUGUACCUUUCACGGAGACUUUGAGAUUGAGGAGAACCCCACCACAUACAUGGAAGCCCUGCAGCUGUACAAGAAGUUGCCAUCUCUUCUGAAGAACAGGGAGAAUGAUGCUGUACCAGUGAGGAUUUGGCUAUAUCCCCUUGCCCGCUUUGAUACUAAAGCAGCUCGGCUAGAGAGAGAAAUCAGUGUUGUACUGAGCUCUAAAGUAGAAGAUUUGCUGGAUAAACUGGAAAAUGGAGAAAGAACAUGCAGUGACUUAAUUAAAAACACAACAGCAUGUGAUUUCCAGGAUCUGAUGGAGAGGCUGAAGUUAUUUCAAGAAUCCCUCGGUGACUACAAGAUGCUGUUCCUUAAAGCCAUAUGCAGGCUUCUUCCUGCUAUUCGGGGUGGGGAGCAGAAUGACCAGGCACUAACUGAUGUCCUGAUCACCCACAGAAAGUCCCCCUUUACAGCUACCAGACUGAAGAAGUGGUUGGAGAAUGUUCAGAAUGAAGUAAAUCUGCUGGAUUCCUACACCAGGGAACUGAGUGAUUGCCCAGUUGUAACAUCCUCAGGCCUCGACCAAAUUGUCUUUAACCCACAGGUUGAUACAGUAAUAUGCUUCUCCUUCACCUCUCUGAAUCAAGACCCAUAUCUUUCAUUGCUGGCCAAAUAUCUGAAGGCAGAUGAGUUUGAAAAGCUGUCCGCACUUCCUAAAUCAAAUGGCCAAGACCUCCCAUCAUGGUUCAACAAUCCUGACAUUUAUGAAAGAAUGAAACAUAACCUUUCCCUCUUCAAAGGAUUUUCUGAGGCAAACAAAGAAAAUGAGGAAGUCAGAUUUGUCAUUGCCUCAGUCUCUGACCCCUCCAAUCCUGGCACCUCCAUCCGCCUGUAUAGAAAAGGGAAAAUGGUAGACAGCAAGUUUCAGCCUGUGUCUAAGCCGCCUGCACCCAGUGUGGACAUCCAGAAUGGGAAUGUGGUCCUGAAGCUUCAGGAGUCCCCAACGGGAGUGACACUGCAGUACCGAGUGGAGUACAGAGCUGAUUCAGAUGAUGCUGACAGAUGGGAAAUCAUAGACACUCCAGAUGCACAGGAAACCUUCACACUGACAGGACUGCAGCUAGCACAAAGACACUGGGUUCGUUACAGAGCGGUUAGUGAGGUGGGAGUGAGUGAAACCAGCAAGUCCGUCUUCUUCUCUUACAAAGGGACGCUCAGUGUUCCAGUUGCAAAGUCAUGGAACCAGACCACUUUGUCCCUCUUUAAUGAACUAAGGAAGAAAAUAAUGUCCAGCUUGGGCACCUCUUACUGGAGUUUGUCAACCAUCAAAUCGGAAGUUAGAAAUCUAUCAGACUUGAGUACCAAAACAGUGAACAAAAGCUAUACCGAACCCAUUCCUGGAGGGUUGAAACUGGGACAGGCUUUGUUCUUCCAAGGUGUUGUUCCUUCAGAUUGUGAGAGGUAA